AUGGCAAGAAUGUUCCACUCUGAACUGAGCAGCGACCACAACACGUGGUUUUGUGACGAUGAAGUCUACACCCACGAGUACGCUGUAUCGCUCAAAGUGGAGGAGAUCCUGUAUCACAGCCAGUCACAGUACCAAGACAUCCUCGUCUUCAGGAACAAGCUGUAUGGAAAUGUGCUGGUUCUGGACGGUGCCAUACAGUGUACAGAGUGGGACGAGUUUACUUACCAGGAAAUGAUAACACACCUCCCAAUGAAUAGUCAUCCAGAUCCUAAACAGGUGUUGGUGAUCGGAGGGGGAGAUGGUGGAGUGGUGCGGGAGGUUCUCAAACACGCCAGUGUUGAACACGUGACCCUGUGCGAACUUGAUGAGAAAGUGAUUGAAGUGUCCAGGCGGUUUAUCCCGAGCAUGUCCAGCUGUCUGGGUGAUCCGCGAGUGACCAUUCACUGCGGAGAUGGUAUUACAUAUAUCGCUGAACACACUGCAAAAUUUGACGUCAUCAUAACAGAUUCAUCCGACGCUGUUGGACCAGCUGAAGACCUUUUCAAGCUAGAAUUCUACAAGAAUUUAAAGAAUGCUCUAAAACCAGACGGUGUAAUGUGUUGUCAGGGAGAGACUCCUUGGUUUGAUUUGCCUCUGAUUAAGAACGUCAUGGGUUACUGCAGGCAGUGUUUCCCCACUGUAGAAUACGCGCUGGGCAACACACCAACAUACCUCGGAGGAUCUAUUGGUUAUAUACUAUGUGGGAAAAAUCCAGAUAGAGAUUUGAAAACGCCUAUACGUCAUUACAGUGAAACAGAACUUGAUGCAAUGAACAUAAGAUAUUACUCGUCAGAAAUCCACACAUCAGCAUUUGUUUUGCCACGAUUUGUUAAGAAGGUUUUGACUGAAGAGAGCGAUACACUCAAGUAGCAUUAACAUAGUUUUAUUUUAUUUAUUUUUUGAACUCAUUAUUCUUUGUCAUAACUUAGUUUUAAGAUGUUAUUUUGGGAGAUAUUUAUUUUUUCAAAUUAUUAUAUAUUUAUUUUUUUACCGAUUUUAAAAACCUGUCUGUGUUUAAAUCAUUUAUUGUUUUUAUUAUACAUUUCCUGCAUUUAUUCCAGAUCAUAUUAAAAUGUAUAGCGUU